AACUGGUUUGCGAUGCACAUUUUGUGUCUUAACACCCAUACUAAAUGUAAGAAGUAAAAGACCACAUCAGAAAAACAGUGUGGGUGACAACCUUGCUAGAUUUCCUCUGUACUGGCUGUUCGACCACUUCCGAUGUGUCAGGCUCAUUUAAGCUGUUAAGCUCAAUCUAAAACCUUUAGCUGAGAGGCAGAGUUUGUGAUCUGUGUUUUUUAUGAGCAGUAAUGGUACAGCCAGGAUGCUUCAUGUUGGGUUUUAUUUCUGCGGGGACAGGAAUUUCUCCCAUAUGAAACAGAAAGGCUUCAUUUUCAUCUUUUUACUUGUUUGGAACUUCUCUACUUUCUCAGGAAACAUGACUGUUAAUAUAAAUGAGCAACGUGAUAUUUUGCCAGUUGCAGCACAACUUAAUUUUUCGCUGGGAUGUCGAGCUGUGAUACCGUGUCAGCAUUACAUCCAUCGAUCAGACUCUUUCAAAUGGUUUUACAAGAAGGACCAUAGCAGUAAGCAGGUUCAGUUAUUCUUCCGAGAUAAGAGUGGAGUGCAAUAUCAUCAAAUGUCCAAUCCCAAAUUGAAAAUUGGAUCCAAUCAUUCCUUGGUUAUCAGUUCUUUUACUGAGGAUGAUGAAGGUGUGUACUGGUGUGAAACAUGCCAAGAAACAUGCCAAAAGUCCACUGACAUCAUAGUGAAGAAAGAGACGUGGAAAUUAGCCAAUAAGACAGUUUACAUUGUUGCUGGCAGCAGUUUUCAGCACACAUGUUCAAGUAAACUUGAUAAAAUAAACUUUUGGACUUUUGAAGCAACGACUGCUGUUGGGAAAUCAGAACUAAGAGCAACAACAGACAAUUUGACUUUCAACAAGUCUAUAUAUAUUGGAAAUGUCAGAAGAGAAGAUGUUGGUAAAUAUACCUGCUGGAUGACUAGUUGUGUCGGACACAGUAUUAAGCGAGUCACUAUCAAUUUGUGUGUAGUUACAGUAAGGAUUCAUCUGAUUCUUGCGCUGUGACGUGCGGCAUGAAAUCAAAUAAUCCAAACAGAACUUCAACUACAUCUGUGCCUGUACAUCCACACGGGUCCCUAAAGUGCAAUAUAGAUUCAGUGUUUGAUGGAUACACUACAGUUACUACCACUC